AUGGUUGUCAAGUUCCUACUUGACACUGGUUCUUCAGUUAAUAUACUAGAUCAAGAGACGUACAACAAAAUAAAUCCGAAACCAAAGCUUCAAAAACCAAACAUGGAAGUAUUUGCAUAUGGCACUGAUUCUCAUGUCAAACUUCUUGGGAAGUUUGUGACUACCGUUGAAACAAAACAGAAGUACACUACAGCUGAAAUUUUGGUGACAGAAGGCAAAAGCGGUAAUCUGUUAUCGCAUCUCACAUCAGUAGAAUUACAAGUGAUUCCAGAAAUUCAAACACUGCAACAUAGUAAGGUCGAUAAAAUUUGCAAAAACUACAAUUCAGUAUUUACUGGUAUUGGGAAAUACAAGGAUAAGCAGAUUGACCUAAUAAUAGAUCCGGAUGUACAACCCGUGUCACAACCGCAUAGACGAAUACCUUUUCAUCAACGGAAACAAGUCGAAAAGGAAUUGAAGCGUCUAGAAGACUUGGACAUUAUUGAAAAGGUAGAAGGAGCUACAGAUUGGGUUUCACCGAUAGUGGUAACAUCAAAACCAAAGUCAAAAACAAAUGAAAUUAGAUUAUGUAUUGAUAUGAGGUUGCCAAAUACAGCAAUCAAACGAAAAAAGACAUCAUUCCUACAUUGUAUGAUACGAUAG